ACCGUGCAAAGUUCGAUAUAUAUAAAACUUUGAAAAAAUAUAUAUAUUGAAUUUGACCCAUGCAAAAUUCAAUAUUUAUAAAAUAUGAAAAAAUAUUAUAUAUAUUGAAUUUGGCAUUGUGCAAAGUUCGAUAUAAAACUUUUUAGUUUGAAAAGUCCCCGAGAGAUGGCGCUACCUUUGAUAAUAAUUUUUUUUUGUGGAUGGUGUGUUGGAUUGAAAUAAGGUAUUUUGGAGGGCCGUUGAUUUGUAAUUUAAAUAGCUGCAAUUAGGGUGCAUUGAUAAUUGCGUGAUGAUAAUUAUGUAUUGUCAUAAGCGCGGCAACGGCAACACUGGUGAGUGAUAACUAAGAUUGUGGUGUUGUGUUCCUUUCCUUCCGUUUGAGUGCCCGCCGCCCUCGCGUACCGCCUAAAGUUUGUUUUUUAUUUAAAGAUAAUUCCCCAAUUAAAAAAUUUACUAAGUAACACACAGAAAACCAUGGCGAAAUGAGGAAAAACAAAAUAGUGGUCAUUUUUAUCUAUAUAUUGUUUUUCCUGCAAAAUAUUUUACAUAUAAGACGAAAUAAUUAUGGAACAUAUGGCGACCCAUGGAUUUCGAUCAAAAAAAUAAAUGAUUAUUUGGAAAAAAGUUUCUCUUCCAGUCAAAAUAUUGUUUGGAACCUGAAAAAUUAUCUAUUGACAUAUCGCAAGCAUACCAAAAUUUUUACAAAUCAUAUAGUACAGGCUUCCACAAAAGGUCAUUCAUUAGUAUUCAUUACUUUUCCGAUCAACAAUAAUACUUAUUUCCGUAUUCUUUACACUGAAACAACAAGGAAAUACCGCGAGCGCCUUGUAUCAUUGACCUUGUUUCUCGUACAAGGAUCAUCACAUUUAUACAUCAAAAACCGAAGUGAUCUAAUGAAUUCCUUAUUUGUUCAAACUUAACAAGCCAAACAACACUCAAACCGAUCAAUUUUCAUUUACCCAUCAGCUUAUCAGUUUUAUCUUAACUUGAAAAGUUAAGGCGUAAGCAAAGUCUAUGGCGUAAGCUAACAUUGCAUAUUAGUGAUGAACGGUUCGUCUGAAAUGGAACUUCUAUUUUUUUGGUGAAUUUUGUGCUGCAAGGUUAAAAAAGUGACAGAAAAAUGGCCCAUAGUUGUUUGAAAAAGAAUAUCGCCCCAAACAACCACGACAACGACUAUUUACUAUCUGAAGAACAUAGAAAAAAGAAGCGAAAAAACCUUUGCAGAAAAACUCUAAUAUGGAGCACUAUAUCAUUUUUUAUUCUAAUAUCAUUAGCUUUUAUAAUUAUUUGGAUACUAAUACCAAUAUCCUUUAUGCUGUCGCUACCAUUCCAAACUUUUAUGGUAUUCAUACCGAUCGCCUCGCCAAGACACGCGAAUUUUAAUCAACCAGAAAACUUCGGGCUUGAAGGCGUUCACAAUUUCUACAUUUCUACUCGGGAUUAUUACGAUUACAAUACAUCAACCACAAUCGGAGCUUGGUUAAUAUUACCUGAAAACUUUGAAACUAAGUCCAAUAAUGUAAGUGAAAUAUUACAAAAUACACAACACGAUAUUGCCAUAUAUUUACAUGGAGUAUUUGCUAAUAGGGCAAAAGCUAUAAAACAAUAUGGUGUUUUACGGAAACAUUUUCUAAUUGUUGCAAUUGAUCAUCGAGGAUAUGGCGAUUCUGGCCAAAAUGUUCGCAUGUCUGAAGCAGGAAUCGUCCACGAUCAUCUGCAAAUUUUUGAUUGGGUAAAAUCACUAAACUCGAAAAGUGACGUCUACUAUUGGGGACAUUCCUUGGGUACCGGCCUGACCAGCCACACCGUAAAAAUGUUAAAAAACCAAAAAAAUAUUACACCAAAAGGAAUGAUUCUAGAAGCAUCUUUUACCGCUUAUCAAGACGUUAUCAUUAAUAAUCCACUAGGAAAAAUAUUUACUUGGUUAAGUUACUUCAAUGCCACUAUAAUAAAUCCACUUGACAAUAAUGGGUUUCAUUUUAAAUCAAUAAAAAAUAUCAUAUCUAUUGAUUGUCCAAUCAUGAUACUACAUGCAGAAGAUGAUAGUGUAGUUCCCUAUUUUCUAGGAGAGCGAUUAGCUAAGACAGCCCAAAAAAACCGGAAAAAUGAUCAAGGAGUAGUGAGGUUUCACGGGUUUUCUGCCGAUUAUGGUUUCGGUCAUAAUGACAUUUUAAUGUACUCUGAAAUUGGGGGUUUUAUUGAAGAUUUUAAAGGAGAUUGUAGAAAUUUUACCAGUGUUAGUUGAUAUUUAAUUUAUACAUUGCAAUUAUUUGAAAAAGUAUUAGGCUGUGAAUAUUAAUAAAAAUGUUUAUUUGGUUUUGUAAGUUUAUUUUAGCCUAACGAAUCUUAUGUGAUUUUUAUUAUUAAUUUGUGUUUUUGUAUUAUUUUAAUCUAAAUAUGAAAUAUUUAGAGAAUUUUAUUCUUGUAAACGAUUACAAACUGGAAAUUUCAGCUUAUAUCUGAACAUGGAAAACAUUUACCAUUUCUGAAUCAUGAACUGAAAAAAAAAAAUUGUUUUGCUAAACAAAUCUGUGUUUUUUCACAUAUAAUUUGAGACUCUUUUGGAUUUGUAUUAAUAAUUUGUUAUUCAUUUUUUGCGAUUUAAACUAUGGUGACCUCAUUAUAAGGUCACAACAUUUUAUAACAUUGUAUUACAAGUAAGUGGGACUUUUUUCAGUUUUAUUAAAGGUUUCAAGAUAUGUAAGCUUAAUUUGUAUAGGUACCUUAUCGUUGUAGAUAUGGUAGAGUGCUGCAUUCUAGGUAAAAACACUUAUGGUUUUUCUGAUAAUUGAUUAAAAUAAUUUCUUCGAAGAUUAAACCAUAAUAUCAUUUUCUCCCAAAUUCUGGACAAUGCAGAAUACCCAAAAUGCAUGUUCUUUAAUGGGCGGGAAAUUGAUGAUGCACAAGAUAUUUCAGAAAUGUUUAAGGGACAAAUUUUGUGAAUGAGAACAGAGCAGAUGUCAAACACUACCGCCCUAUUUGCAGGAUUUCUUUGUUAGCAAAGAUACUUGAGUCGCUGAUAAAAUAACACCUCUUUUUAAGAAUAUUAUUAUCAAGGAACAACAUGGAUUCACAAAGGGGAGAUCCACGGUAUUAAAUCUUUUGGUUGAUGAUCCAUUCUGGAGUAUGUCAGCUCGGUAUGGUAGCCCUGUUACAAGGUACAUAAAGAAAAUUUAGAGAGGGUGCAAAUUAAAUUUCUGUAAUGACCUCAGAGACUUUAUUCAUUUUCCACUAGCAGUAGUAAAAAAAAAUCUAUAUAUUCCUCGGUAGAGAAAGUCAUUAUAUACCUCACGCAUCACGCUUUAUAAACCUCAACUAUUUUAGGGGAGCCCUAACGAUAAGUAUUCCCUAAAAUGACAUUUUUACAUGGAGAAAUGUCAGUUUAAGGCAUACCUAUUGUUAGGGCUUCCCUAAAAUAGUUGGUGGAAAUGGGCAUUAGAAAAAUUAAAAAGAAAACGAAAAUUCAAGAUCAGAGAAUAGACAAAAUAUGAGAUGGAAAAAUUAAAAAAUAAAGAAUAAAUAAAUAUAUAUUUGGAUAAUAAUAAUAUUAAUAAUAAUACCUACGUAAAUAUCAAAGAAUUUGCAAAAAUAUGGCGGUGGUACCGAAUUUCUAUUUAAAACGUUAAGUCACUGUAGGUGGGCCAGGGCCAUUGGAGAGGGUUGAAAAGAAAACAACCAAUCAAAUACCUUGACGAAACAUAAACCCCGGAAAGGGGCGGGGCUCAACUAACCAAUUAAAUGCCCUGCUAAUAUCACCCGCAUCUGAUUGGAAAGGGGCGGGGCCUAUAUCCAACCUAUCAAAUGCUUUGUUGAUAUUCUUGCGUUUGAUAACGAGUCAUCCACAGUGUUGCCAACUUGACGGAAUUAUCCCCUUUUUGCCUUUUUGAGGACAUUUUCGUUCGCAAAGGGUAGAAGCGGAAAGCGGAAUUUUUAAAGUCUGUUUUUUUUUUUAAAUAAAAGUCAAAAUAACAUUAUGUUGGCAAAACAAUGUAAAAUUGUCGAUGCUUUCAAAUUUUUCAUGUAGAAAAGGCUCGUGUUCCCAACAUAGUCACUAAAUUUUUGACUUGGGGAAUUAUCUUUAAAAAAAAAAACAGACUUUACUUUUUCUUUUAUUUAGUCGCAAAAUUUUCAUAUUCAAUGAGAAAUUGGUAAUUUUAAGAUUCUAGCACACGAUAUACAAUAGGUAUACAGGGUGGGCCAUUGAACUUAAGACAUUAUUGAACUUUUUUUUUUCAAAAACGCGCCAUUUUCGAGAUAUUGAAAUGUCUCAAUUUAAAUGGACCACCCUGUAUAAGUAUGGGUACCACAUCUCAUUCCCGACUGUAAGUGAAGGCGCAAUAAUUGUAUUUUUCCACUACCGCGCGUAAAGUACUUACGUUACGCACCUUUUAGAGGACAUAAAAUGUCAUGCACCAGUGCGUAACGUAGUUUUUUUACUACUAACCUGAGAAGUAGUCAUUAUUCCAUCCAUUUUUCUGGGAAAAAAUUAAAUUUCUCUCCCUAGGUUAAUAAUGAAAAUAAUGAAAAAAUUCCUGAGUCAAUAAUGAAAAUGACGUCAUGACGCAAGGAUAUUGUCAUAACAUAACAGGUUUCUAUUGGUUUAAUUUCAGUGUCAAACUGUCAAUUUUAAAAAAAGCAGGUUCCUGUAUGUACAUUAUAUAGGAAAUUACCGUAAGCUGUUGAUAGAGGGCAGCACUUCCGACAAGAGAAAAUAAUUUGAGCACAGGUUUGUUUCAAACCUAUUUUUUAUUUUCUACUAGCAGUAGUAAAAAAAAUUCUAUAUAUCCCUCGGUAGAGAAAGUCAUUACAUACCUUACACAUUAGGCCUAUUCGGGUUUGGAAAAAGGACGGUUCUAGAAGGGUUCAAAACAAUCGUCCAGUUUAUUGAUCAACAAAAUAACAACGACUCGACUAUCACAAAUUUCAAUAAUAAACUGUGCGAUUCUUCUGGACCGUUCUAGAACCAUACUUUUUGUAAACCCAAAUAGGCCAAUUAUAAAAGUACUCGGAAUAUAAUGACCAACUUCUCUACCUAGGUAUAUAUUGUACUAUUAUAGCCUGACUUAAGAUAAAAAUGUGUAUGUAUUUAUGUUAUGUUAUUUCGCCAUCUUACUACUUAGUUCAACAUCGUUUUGUUGCUUGUUUCAGUUAUUUUCAUUUCUUUAGUUUGUUAGUUACACAAAACAUCCCCCCUUAGAAAGGUAAGUGCCGUGUUGAGAACCUGUCUAUAAGUUUUCAGCGCCUCUAGUGACUGGGGGGGUAAGCUUUUGUAAUUCUGGAUUUAUUGGCGAAUGCAAAACGCAAUUAGGGUUCGUUCGGUAUCUUAUUUGUUCCGGUGGAUCGUUUGCACCAUUGUUUGAUUCUAGCGAUUCAACACCACCACUUUAAAGUUUCUACCAUUUUUUGGCAUAAAAUAAUUGUGCCAAAAAGAAGAAACUCAUAAAAUCGGUAGUGUUGAAGCGCCUUCAAGGUAAAAUUGACUAAAAAUUAAGAUGACAAAUUUAGAUAUUUAUUAAAGUUUGAAACAGAAAAUAUUAAAGAAUAUGGAAUUAAUUACAAUUAUUGCGAAACAGUUUUUUUUUCAUGUAAGUAUACAUACAUAGGUAGGUAAUGCUAGUUAAGUUAAAGAUAAUAAGGACAGUUACAAGAAGUAAUGACGUACAUUUAACAAUAGCUUGAUGAAAAACUUAAAUCGUAAAUAAAAUGACAAAAGAGGUCCUUUUCUCACAAUCCAAAAUCGUUGUUAACCUAACAAGUGAGGAAAGUGUUUCUGCACGUGAUGGAAGUUGCACGAAUGACAACAAAAAGCAGAGUUCAAACAAGCCUUUAAGUCCAGAAAAUACACUUUCCGCAUGUGUUAGGUAGAAAGUUUAUGUAGUUAUACAUAAUAUAAAGCUCAUUCAAGAAAAUGAUUUCGCCUGGAUGAUAGAAUAAAUAUUUUUGAUAAUAGUCUAUACCCUUUACCACUAGCUUUAAGCAAAGACAACGCCAACAACUUCUCGUCCAAUGUAAAUCGUCUAGCUUUAGGCUUUUGGUUUUGAGUACGGACUUGGCUUAAAAUAAAGCUGUAUAUCAAUGGAUUGACGUGGUCUACGAGCCUUUGAAAUUUGGUUUAUGAUGCAAGUUAUUCAGCAGUAGAAACUUUGGAUUUAAAUGACGACAACCUUCUACUGAUUCUUCUUAACUUAUUGCUGGAUUCUAUAACUUUGGAAUAAAGAUAUUUUUCCCUUGGGGAUAGGAAUUUUUUGCCUAGUGACGUUAAUGUUCUUUAAAAUUUGGCAUCAUCUCUCAUGACCUGCAAAAAAAAAAUAGAUCAAGAUUGGAGACGAGCUUUUCGCACAUUUAGCUUCUAAUUUUUCUAGCAUUCGACUGCAAGUUUUAGUAAUUAGUAGUCUUUUAUAGUAGUAGUCCUAUUUGAGUUAGGAUGUUUUAAAAUUCACCUACUCCCAACUGGGUGGUUAUUCAUUAAGCAAUAACACUUAGGUACCUACCAAUAAAAGUUUUAAGAGACAAAGUGGGUUGGUGACUUUUUCAUGUUUGC